UGCAACCGGAGCCAGUUUUUCCGGCACCGACAUGGUGCCCGGGCUGCAGGCCCACUCAGCCUGCCUCCUUUUUUUUUUUGGUGCUGGUUUCCCCUCCCCACACCGCCCCUUUCCCCUCUCCUCCGAUACCAUGACCGCCGAUCAGCCCGAGGUCGCGGGUGCCACCGCCACCACCGUGUCUUCCGUCGACUCGAAGCUCUCGGAGCUCUCCGUCGAGUCUGCUGACGCCUCCGCCGCCGCUGCCGCCGCGGCCGCCGCUCCCACCACCAUCGACAUGAACGCGCCCUUCAUCAACCCCGACGGCACGCCGAUGACCAAGAACCAGAUCAAGAAUGAGGAGAAGCGCCGUGCCAAGAUGGAGAAGUUCCUGGCCAAGCAGGCCAAGCAGUCCGAGAAGGCUGCCGCUGCCAAGGAUGCUCCCAAGAAGGCCCCGAAGGUGGUCAAGGCCCCGGUUGAGAUCCCGGUCGACAACACCCCGAAGGGCAGCAAGAAGGACACCGCGGCCCAGUUCCCCAGCUCCUACCACCCGACCUACGUCGAGUCGGCCUGGUAUUCCUGGUGGCAGGAGAGCGGCUUCUUCAAGCCCGAGUACUCGCAUCCCAACCUGGACGCCGCGCCGGAGGACACCUUCACCAUUGUCAUUCCCCCGCCCAAUGUCACCGGGUCCCUGCAUCUUGGCCAUGCCCUGACCAAUGCCGUGGAGGACUCCCUGGUCCGCUGGAACCGCAUGAACGGCAAGAUGACCCUCUGGCUGCCGGGUACCGAUCAUGCUGGCAUUGCCACGCAGUCGGCCGUCGAGCGCCAGCUCUACCGCGAGACCGGCCAGACUCGCCACGAUCUGGGUCGCGAGAAGUUCAUCGAGAAGAUCUGGGCCUGGAAGGACCGCUUUGGCAACCGGAUUUGCGAUCAGAUCAGCCGCCUUGGCUGCUCGGUUGAUUGGAGCCGCCACCGCUUCACCAUGGACCCGUCCAUGUCCGAGGCUGUCACCGAGGCCUUUGUCCGGCUCUUUGAGAAGGGCUACAUUUACCGGACCACGCGUCUGGUCAACUGGUGCCCGCAUCUGCGCACCGCCCUGUCCAACCUGGAGGUGGACCACAUGGAGCUGACCGAGCCGACCAUGCUCAAGGUCCCCGGCCAUGGGGAGGACAAGCGCUAUGAGUUCGGUGUGCUCAUCAAGUUCGCCUACAAGCUGGCCGAUGAGGCCGGGCAGCCCACCGACGAGGAGAUCGUCGUGGCCACCACCCGUAUUGAGACCAUGCUCGGUGACACUGGCAUCAUUGUCAACCCGGCGGAUCCCCGGUAUGAGGGUCUGGUUGGCCGGUCGGCGGUGCACCCCUUCCUCGGGCAUCUGAUCCCCAUCCGUGCCGACGAGUCGGUGGACAUCGAGUUCGGCACGGGUGCCGUGAAGAUCACCCCGGCGCACGACCCGAAUGACUAUGAGAUGCACAAGAAGCAUGGCUUCGAGCUGGUGACCAUCUUCUCGGAUGAUGGCCGCAUCAAUGCCCGCGGUGGCCAGUUCGAGGGCCUGAUGCGCUUCGACGCGCGCGAGGCUGUCAUCGCCGCCCUCAAGGAGAAGGGCCUCUACCGCGAGACCGUCAGCAACCCCAUGAGCAUCCCGAUUUGCUCGCGCUCGGGCGAUGUCAUCGAGCCGAUGCCCAAGCCCCAGUGGUAUGUGAAGACCGACGAGUUCUCGGCCCAGGCCGCUGAUGCUGUGCGCAGUGGCAAGAUCCAGAUCCUGCCGGAGGGUGUCUUCGACCGGACUUGGUUCCACUGGAUGGAGUCCCCCCAGGACUGGUGCAUUUCGCGUCAGCUCUGGUGGGGCCACCAGAUCCCGGUGUACCGUGUGACCUUCGUGUGCGAGGCCCUGGAGGCGUCCACGCCCGAUGAUGAUGCCCGGUGGAUUGCUGCCCGUUCGGCCGACGAGGCUCUGGACCAGGCCGCCAAGAACUUUGGCGUUGCUCGGGAUCAGAUCACCGUCGAGCAGGACUCCGACGUGCUGGACACCUGGUUCUCCUCGGGCCUGUUCCCCUUCGCCACCAUGGGCUGGCCCAACGCCGAGUCUCCGGAUCUCAAGGCCUUCUUCCCGAACUCCAUCCUGGAGACCGGCCAUGAUAUCAUCUUCUUCUGGGUGGCGCGCAUGGUCAUGAUGAGUCUCGCCCUGACCGGGGAGGUCCCCUUCAGCAAGGUCUUCCUGCAUGCCAUGGUGCGUGAUGCCCAUGGCCGCAAGAUGUCCAAGUCCCUGGGCAAUGUCAUCGACCCGAUCCACAUGAUCGAGGGUGUUAGCCUGCAGCAGCUGCAUGACGCCCUGGAUGCCGAUACCAACCUGCCGGCCUCCGAGCGCCAGGUGGCCAAGCAGGGCCAGCGCAAGGACUUCCCGAAGGGCAUCGGCGAGUGCGGCACCGACGCGCUGCGCUUUGCCCUGUGUGCGUACACCCUGCAGCCGCGCGACAUCAACCUGGAUGUCAAGCGCGUCGAGGCGUACCGGAACUUCUGCAACAAGAUCUGGAAUGGCUUCCGUUUUGCCAUGGACAAGUUCGAUGCCUCUUUCCAGCCUUCGGACGCCAUCCCCCGUCUGGAGACCCUGCCCUCGCUGGCGGACCGGUGGAUCAUCGCUCGGCUGAAUGCCUGCAUCCAGGCCUGCAAUGAGGGGCUUGAGCAGUUCAACUUCGCCGACCCGACCCAGGCCCUGUAUGCCUUCUUCAUGAAUGAGUUCUGCGAUGUCUACCUCGAGUGGACCAAGCCGGUGUUCCUGUCCGGCUCGGAUGCUGCCAAGGCCGAUGCCCGUCAGGUUCUCUACAAUUGCCUGGAUGUCUACCUGCGUCUGAUGCAUCCCUUCAUGCCGUACAUCACGGAGGAGCUGUACCAGCGCCUGCCCCGGCGCGCUGUCCAUGCGGCCAUCCCGUCGAUCAUGGUGUCCCCGUACCCGAAGGUGUCGGCCGCCGAGCAGGAGGCCGAGGCCGAGGCCUCCGCCACUGCCACCUCCCAGUUCGACCUGAUUCUGGAGCUGGCGCGUGUCAUUCGCCAGGCCACUGCCGAGCAUGCGGAGAAGCCCCGUCGUCCGGACUGCUUCGUUGCCACCUCCGCCGAGCAUGCGGACCUCUUCCGGCCAGAGACCGAGAGCAUUCUGAGCAUCGCGCGCGCGGCCUCGCUGUCGCUCGUGGAUGAUGCCCAGGCUGAUGCCCUGGCCGCUGAGGGCCUGGUCUUCCAUGAUCUGACCAUGAAGGAGGCUGUCGUGGCUCGUGUGGCCAUCCGUCCGGUGGUGGUGACCGCCUAAAGGACCGAGCAGCCCCGUAUGCGCACCGGCCCUCCGCCUCUCUUCUUGUGCCCCCCCCCCGCGCGCCCUUGCCGGAUCUACUCCUCGCCCCUUCUGGCACACCGAAGGCCGGUUUACUCUCCCGAUCUACAGCCGGCUUUUUUGGGGGGCGACCAUUCUUCCAAGAUGUGAGGAUCAUACGCCCGUGCUGCUGGGCGCGAGGCGGGCAGCCGGAGCAUCAGCCUGCCAAAUGUCAGGAUGGUCUCGUUCGGCGGGUCUCAGCCUGUGGCGGUGCGGAGCGUGUGCUCUCCCGUCCUCCAUUUUCUCAUCCCCAAAUGCAUGUGCGCCUGCGGGGAGGGUGUCGGCCCCGGCCUCCCCCUCCCCCAUAUGUCCCACUAUACACUCCUGUGCCUCCCGUUUUACGUUGCGUAAGUUGGGGACAGUGGAAAUAUAUGUACCACGUUUGUCCA